GGGGGGGGGGGGGGGGUUUGCAGGCAAAGCCAGGCUCGCCCGAGGCUCGUCACGGCCACGCAAAUAGACGGACGGAUGGAGACGACGGACGCUCCUCGGUGAGCAGAAAGCCAGGCUGUCGCCGUCUGUGCCUCCCAGCUCGUUUAAUUUGGCGGCGAGCAGCAGCUGACCUCAAAUCGACCAGUUUCAUAGCGACCAACUCUUAAGGAUCGACCUAUUAUUGGCCUUUUUUUUGUUUUAAUCUGACUACCGCGGCGUCAGUGAUAAGUUUAAAAACUUCAGGGAGCUUUUGAUUUGUUUGAUUUGAGAUGCCGCUUCCACCCGGAACUUUUUGUUGCACUUGGAUUUUUUUAUUUUCGGGGGGGGGGGGGGGGGGGGGUCGCGCUUUAAUAAACAUGUUCCAAGGCAUUUCCACUGUGUUUGUUAUCGCUUUUGCUGCAGCUGAAAAUGGGCUCCUAGUAUUACUUGAUCAAUCGUAGGGGCGAACAGCUUCCUGACAGUAGCAACCAAGAAAGAAAGUUUUGGUGCCGGCAGGUCAGGGAGGCGCGAAUAAAAGUUUUGGUGACCGCAGGGGGCGCUGCUCUGCUCAGCCUCGUCAAGUGCCGUUAGCAUUAGCGUGCAUGCCGGAGGCUGCAUAUUGGGCAAGCUCUUGUUUUAUCAACUGUCAAUGGCCAUGUUUGUUCUUCUCCACGUUUCCAGGUGCAAAGGUCAUCUUGCUGGCUGGCUGGCUGCCUGGCUUGUGUGUGGAGCAGGAAGCAAGGGGCACAAAGGCGCAGAGUCCGAAUGGGAAUCAUAAAUCUUGAACGGACUUCCUGUUUCCCGCCCCACGUCAGGUCAGGUGCCGAGGAGCUUAAACCGAGCCGAAGGAGGAUUGUGGGUGGCUGCUGCUCGCCUUUCACCGUCCCUUUGGGCGCGUUUGUGCUUCACUCGUGUGUUGCUCGCUCGCCCGGCCGCAACGCUCCCUCCCAUGUGACUCUAAGGUGAGCCACCCGCUCCUGCUGCUGGCCGGCCGACCGGCAGGCAGGCAGGCAGGCAGGCAGACUUCCUGGAGAAGUUGUUCAUCGCAAACGAGAUGAAUGGCAAUGAGACGCCAGCCUUCCCCAUCUUUGGCCCCUCCGACACCAACAGCCAUGACGCUUCCCAAGCCAAAGCUACGGCAAAGUCCCGUGCCAAAGCUCUUGUCGAAAGCGAUCAAGUCUACUUCCUGCACUCAUCGUCCGGACAGAAGCGGAAAGGGCGACGGAAAUGGCAUCGCACGAGCAGUGUCGACAGCCGCGCUGACACGUCCCAGUACCAGGUGGAGCACCUGAGCACCUUUGUGAUGGAGCGCAAAGCCGGCUUGCUGACGGUGGAGGACGGCGUGCGACGGCUGCGGCUGCUGGACGCCAAAGGGAAGAUCUGGACGCAGGACAUGCUGCUGCGUGUCCACCGCGACAACGUCAGCCUCGUCGACGCAGACACCGAGUGCGAGCUGGAAGUGUUUCCGCUGAGUUCGGUCCAGCAGUGCCAAGCGGUGAGCAACGCGUGCAGCUUUGAUUCCAUCUUGGCGCUGGUGUGCAAGGACUUGGGUCAGAACAAAGCCGACCUUCACCUCUUCCAGUGCGAGCACAUCAAGGCCCACCUGAUCUACGCCGACAUCCAGAGCGCCUUGACGGACGCCAAAGGAGGCAAAGCCAGGAAACGGCCGGAGGUCCUCAAGAUGAUCCUGAAGAGCGAGGGCCAAAUCCCGCCUCCUCCCGCCGCUGCCGCCCCAGAAGCGCCGACCGGUGCGGAUGACCCCGAGAGUGGAGCCGACGCCCCGCCGGACCGCCGUGGUGAACCGCAGAAGGUGCCGUUGGAGGACGCCGAGGUGGUCCUUGUGGACCGCGAUGUGCAAAUCCUGAACCGCCUCCUGGACGACAUCGAGGCCUUCAUCGGCCAACUGCAGAAAGUGGCCGAGGCCAGUGGUCAGCUGGCCCAGCGCAAGAAAAACAAGAACAAGAAGAGUCCCGGAGAGGGCGUCCUGACGCUGCGCUCCAGAGCGCCCGACCGCCGCCGCUUCCUCGACUGUCUGCAGAAGUUCAAGUUUGCCUUCAACCAGCUGGGCAAACUCAACGGCCGCAUCCAGAACCCCAGCGCAGACGAGCUUCUCCACUUCCUCUUCACCCCCCUGAGAAUGGUGGUCCGGGCAUCGGGCGGCGCCGAAGUAGCCCGCGGCGUAACGGUCCCGCUCCUCACCCGCGCCGCCAUCGAGCUCCUGCACGCCGCCGGCACCGUCGAGGAGCGCCGCCUUUGGGUGGCGCUGGGAGAUGGGUGGACCAAGUGCAGGUUGGAGUGGCCCAAGGAUCACGACUUCCCGCCGUGCCCGCUGGUCUUCGACGACGGUUGGGAGCCGCCGCCGCCGGCUGCCGCACGACCCACGGGAUGCCUGGCCGACGGCGAAAGCUACUCAAAGGAGGCCUCCCGCCGACAGAGUUUGGAAGAAGACGUCGCCCCAGAGCACGCCGGCGGACACCAAGCGAAGCAAAGCAGACGCUUUGCCAAAUCCAAGUACGACUUUGUGGCCAGGAACAACACCGAGCUGUCAGUGCUCAAGGACGAGCUGGUGGAGGUCCUAGAUGAUCGCAAGCAGUGGUGGAAGGUGCGCAACGGCGACGGCUCGCUGGGCUACGUGCCAAACAACAUCCUGGAGGCCGCCGCUGCGCCCGCUGUGGAUAUGACGGGUCGCGGCGCCGAGCCCGUCUACAGCCACACCAUACAGCUGAUGAUGCCGCGGAAGGAGUUUGACGUGUUCAAGCAAUUACUGGGAGAGCUCAACGAGAAGCAGAGCGUCGCCAGGACGGAAAAGCUUCCCGCCCAAGUGGUGCCCAUGCCCCCGCCGCCCGCUGGUCCGCCCACACCGCCGCACGCUGUAGACGCCGGCCCCGAGACGGCCGCCGUGGCCGAGUGGCGCGUCAGUCGCCCCGACGGCGCGCCGACCCGUGAGGCAAACGAAGACGACGACGACGACAACACCGCCGCGAGAGCCCUUACCGAUCGCAGGAAGUCCACCAUGGAGGAAGUCCAGGACGAGCUACUCCACCGCCUGACGUUGGGCCGCAGCGCCUGCAAGCAAGUCGGCGUGCCGGCGCGGCGCGGCGCUGCUGCCGGCGCCGCCGCCGCCUCCAACCUUCCCGGUGUCAGCAUCACGUACGAGUCGUCACCCGACGACGUGCGUGGCUGGCUGGAGGCCAAAGGUUUCGCCCCGGUCACCGUGGAGAGUCUGGGCGUGCUGACUGGUGCGCAACUCUUCUCGCUCAACAAGAACGAGCUGAAAACGGUCUGCCCGGACGACGGCGCUCGCGUCUUCAGCCAGGUCGCCGUGCAGAAGGCCGCGCUGGAGCGCGAGUCUGGCUCCGAGCUGCGGGAGGUCAUGAGGAGGCGUCAGCAGAUCCUGGCGGGAGCGGGCCCCACCCAUUGAAGAUCUUGCCACUUCCUCCCUCCCGGUUCAGCCCGACGGCGCCUUGCCACUGGAACGUUCGCCAACACUCGUGUUGACGAAGCCACGUCGCAGCAAGCGGUGUUAGCUUAGCCGCCCGCCAUUGGUCACUGCAUCAGCUCGGAGCUGUUUUCUUGUCGCGCCGCUUCUUGUGCUGCAAUAGCAAAAAGUGUCACUUAGUGAGCGACUGCAAGCAUUUCUUUGUCACCGGGCCCUCUUUUAGAAUAAAUGGAAAAAGCACAUGGUC